AUGGAUCCUCUCUCCAUUUCUGCCUCAAUCGCCGGGCUAAUAGCCCUGACAACCGGCCUCAUAAAAUUAACAGAUACACUGCGCAACAGUCUAAAAGAGGAUGUCCUCCAACUCGUUGUCGGCGUUUCGCAAGAUAUUGAACUGUUACACGGUAUCCUGAUGCGUAUACAGACCUGGGCAGAUUCAGUUCAAUCCAAUGGCAAAGGUCACGACCAAUUGUUGAAUCUUUCACCAUUCGUAGCCAAUUUUACGGAUAUCAUAAAACGUAUUAGAGGCGAAUUAUUAGCCUUGAAAGAAGUAGCCAAAAAAAGAGGGUUGAGAAGGCUUUAUUCGGUUGUCAGUCUAAAUGAGAGAAUGAAGGCUUUGGAUGCGUCCCGGGUAGCCCUGAGCGAGGCAAAGGCAACGUUGUUACUCGCAUUGUCGACGAAGGAUAGUGAUAUUUCGGCAUCCCUCGAUAACAUCCAAACAAAACUAGAGACCAUUUGUCUAAAUAUAUCUUCCGCAGAUCCAAGCGAUUCAACUGCAACUACGAGCUCAGAAUUUGAUGGUCCACGGUCCUUUGAGGAUUGGCUCCAGAGUCUCGCAACAGAGGGGCAAGAAGAAGGAGAGUUAGCAGAUUAUAGACGUAGAAGACAGAGAAAAAGACAAGGGGAAGACAAUAAAUGUUCCCAAAAGGUACCACAAGCCCACGACAAAAUAUAUGUCAAAGUGGUGGACAUGAAACAUAGAAGUGGGAAAAAAGUCACGGAAACCCUUUUUCUGGAUAGAUCAGCGAAUCUAAUUGAUAUAAUACUACAACUUCACAACAAAGGGUACGAAGAUAUCUGCGGUUUUCAAACUGAGGAUGGAAAUCACCAAUAUGCGCCCUUUGAGCCAUCCAAUGCCCCACCGUUGAUCCGCGUGACAGCAGGACCGUCCAAUUAUGAUUUAUCCAAAGGCCUUUGCAUCAAUGAAAACGAGCGCCUUGUUGACUACUUCAAUAACUUCCUUGAUUACGAAACGCCCAAAGGACCUAACUUCAACCCUUCAUACUUUGAUAUACAGCGGCGAAGCUUGUCACAAGGCCUAGAAAUCGUCGACUUACACGAUAGCGAGGUUUCAAGGACAUGGAUUGAUUUCAACCGAUGCCAGAGAGUACCUGCAGAUGUAAAUAUGGUUAAACAAGGCGGGUUUUUCUUUCCUAUGCUUCAGAGGGAAAGCCUCGGAUUCAAGUUCGACUCAAAUCGUGGUUGCCCAGAUGAAUUAUUUGCGAUUAAGCUACACGUUGGCUCCGUCAAUGUCGUUACUGGGAAACCGGUAGUGCCGGUUUCGAAUUCAGCAGCGGGGCAGAACGUGCAAGAUUACGUUGUGACACCGGCUCAGAAAAGACUCGAUGGUCUUAAACAUGGACAGGGGAAGGUGCAACAAUUCGUCGCGAUGCCCUUAUCUUGGGGGUAUGGUGUCGAGGAGCAAGCCACAGGCUCGGAAUUUAUCGGUGGAAUUCAGCUCCAGAUUGCUCCAAAACUCAAGACAGACGUCAAAUUCAUGUCACAGCGUCAUAGAAGCCACGAAGUCUCUUACCCAAACAACUUCCUCCGCCCAAAGCGUUCUAAGAUUUCCGAAUCCCGUGGCUUGGAUAUUUUUAAAUCGCCCCGGGAACUAGGCAUCUCACGUUGCUUCAUGGAGGUUCUCCUAGAUAAUACUUUUCAACCGAGAUGCGACCAGAAUGUAUCGAAUGGGAUACGAGGAAAACUUGAGAAGGAAGAGGAUCAAUUUCAUGUAAUUCUGAGCUUCUUGAAAAGUAUGCUCCGGAGUAGGUUCGUGUAUGAACUUGGAUCGCAUAUCGAAGGUAGCUACGGAAUUGUACCACAUGCUCCUCUCAUCCUACAUCCAGUCGAGCCAAUCGUCUUUACAGUUGAAUACGACUCCAAAUUUAACCCCGAAGCCGUAUACCAGGAGAUAUCUCACGGAUUCUCCCCGUUUACAGACUUCAGAGAUGCGUUUUCUGUUAUCCUAGAAAAGUACAUUCUCCCAAGCACACAGUGGGCCCAGGAAUCGAUUUUUAUUGAUGGGAAAAGUCUCUCAACAAUAUUGGACGUUUGCAAACGUCGGAUAUACGUCCCACUCCGAGAAGUUCUGCCGAACGGGGGUAUUAUUCUUAUCGGUCCUGCCGACGAACUCGCUCGAAAGUCCACAUUACUUUUAACGGAAAAGUUUAAAUCAAAAAGGGAAGUCAUAUCAUUGCGUGAGCGACCACAACCCCGCGGACGCACCCUUGGAUCCGACGGUUGGAGGAUGUCAAUCGGUGUACAGGGAAACAUACGUCAAAGAAUAAAGGAUACAGAAUACCCAGGUUUGUGGCGUUGGGAUCGUUCCCAGUUUGUAAACUUACAGAUCAUCAACGCCAUGAUGUUUUAUAGAAUCACGGGCCUCGCCUACACAUCUUGUGGUGACUUGGAAGUUCCUACAGAAUUUAUCGAGGAACAAUUUCAUAACUACCCAGAUAUAGUUGCCCGAAAAAACCGGGUUCAUGGCUCUGGAUACAAAACCAUUACAGAGAUAGACUCUUCGGCAGGGAUAAAUAUCGAUAUCAAAAUACCGAAGGGAGGUCACAGGAUCGGCUGUGCAUGCUGCGAAAACAAUUUCUGUGAUACAUUCUAUUGCAUCGCCGGCACUAUGACAAAUAUUGCAAAAGAAUUGGUGUGUGACGUUUGCGGCAUACGCGCCGGUAGCACCAUUCGGUUUUCUGCGACUAUGGGACUACCGAUGGGUACUAUACUCGAACUACGGAAAGAAAAUGGACCGACAAGGCAGCGCAUUAAUAUGUCGCCACAAAAGCUUAUGCUGCCACUCCAAUCUAAUGUGACUAAUUUAUCAUGUACCGAUGUGGAAUUCACUUUGGUAGAUAUGCUACCAGCCUACUCGAUACUGUCACCGUUCCUACCCGGUAAAGAGCCUGGAGACUUUCCAAGCCCGGGUCACUGUCUUUAUGAAGUUGCAUCUCGGCCGGAUAUCAUUGACGCCAUAGUCAUUGAGUUCCUUGGACUCCCUCUCCGGAAACGAGUUUCACUGCUAUACCAGGUCUUCAAGGCCCUACCAUCAUUUCAUCCGCAAAAUUGGAAGGGAAGAUCGAAGCUUGAAAACGAAGGGUUCAAAUUAAACCAAAAUACAAUCCGAAUUUUCCUACAGCUUGUCCCAAAUGCAUCAGAUAUGAUUGCGCAUGGAGGAUCAUAUAACUCAUUAACCGACGUGCUGCACCCUUCCGAGGAGAAUACACAAUGGCUACGGCUGUACUUCGAAGAUAUCUAUUCCUGGGUACUGAAAACGAUACCUUCCUUUGCGGAUAUCGGUAUAUCGACCUGGGAGUUUCUUCGAUUCGAAAUGACCAAGAAGUCUAUCGAUAUAAUAAUUGAUGACAUCGUAUCCCAGAAGACGCCAACUGCUUUGCUGAACUCCAUCCUUCUCUCUCUAAGGGAGACAAAAUGUGUAGACUACGCAAUCAGCCGAUUGGUCGGCAUAGGCGCUGAUAUAAACGCCCAAGAUAAAAAUGGAAAUACGAUAUUCCACAUCACCAAUAUCGGGAAGGAAACUUGGCGCUUCAACAAAGACAUCCUUAAACUCGGUGGCCGCAUCGACAUCCCAAAUAACGAUUUGGACACACCGCUUCACCUCGCCGCUCGCCACUUCUAUUCAAUUACCCACCUAGAAGACCUUUGCGCAGACCCUUUAGCCAAAACUAUCGUAAACCAAAAAAACCAAGAAGGUCACACACCCUGGCAAAUCCAUUUUGCUACCAUCUGUAACUCUCCGUGGACAAUGGAUGCUAUUUCCGACGGUGACGGGCGCGAAUGCGCAGCAAUUAAUAUCUUGCUUUCAGCAGGCGCGGACCCGACGAUUGCUCUACCCAGCUGUGAUACGUGGGUAACGAGGGCUACAAGACAGGGUAUAUGGGAUUCAUGUCAACAUCCGGAAAGUUUGGAAGGAUGGAUCGAUGCACAACUUUAUAGCGACUAUGUCGACUAUUGGAAUGGCCUUGAUUACACAGAGGAGGGGAUCAAAAAUCGGGAAUCCCUGUGGAGAACUAGAUUCCAGCGAUCGGCACCUAGAUACAUCGAAAACGAAAUCUCAAGCAUAUUUGAGGAUUAG